GUACAGAAAACAUAACAGUUAAUAAAUAAAAUUAUACAUUAGGGGAGGGGGGAUGCCUGGGUGGACUUGUGACCUCGGUAUUCUUAAGAUCCUGGCUACGGCCCUGCUAGCAGUGACUGUUAUUUGUCCAUUAAGGCUUAUUGUAGAUAUAUAUUUAUCUUUAGCAGCUUUAGUUUUGGUUCGCCUUUUAGUUCCUCUACCUGUAAGUAAAAUAUCUCAACCCCGCUCCCCUGGAAUAAGUUAACACCUAGUUAAACGGUGGUAGAGAAAUAAUAAACCCUCGAUAGCUACACUGAAACUCUGCUUAUACAGGUUGACUCAUUAGCAGUAGCUUCUCUCUCUCAGUGGGCCCACCACUCAUUAGCUUCAGGCGGGAACAGAUCCGGAGUGCCGCAUUCCACAAUUAAUGAAACAGUGAGCCUGUUUGAGCUGCUGGAGAACAAAGUAGGGCUUUAAUGAGAGGAUGACUACACAUAACAUUCCUUCAAACUAUUCUUUAUCAAGUGUACGUCAAAUAAUUUGUGAGUAACGGUGACGAGUCAUUUUUAAUGUCAGAAUUAACAGGCUCGGACACGCACGCGCUCACAGGUGAGUAUCACACGGGCUAGCGGGUGACGCAGCCAAUCAGCGCGAGACUGUCUGUUACCAAUUCACAACUUUCAAAACAUUUGCGCGUGGGGCCGUGUGGGCUGAGUCCAAUUACAUCACCGGCAGUCAUAAAAAAGCAGUCCAGCUCACCGGGGGGAAAACAAAGACAUCAACCUCUGACACAAACCUCGAGAGGCACAUUUCUGCACGAGCUCAACUAAUGGACUUACGUUCCGCCAAAGACAUGAGACCAAGGACGCUGUGCCGCAGCAUAAAGCUGUUCGUCCUGUGCCACGGAAUGCUGCAGUUCUCUCAGCUGCUGUACAGUGCCUACUUCAAGAGCACCAUCACCACGAUCGAGAGACGCUAUGGCCUCAGCAGCUACUCCUCGGGAACCAUUUCCUCUCUCAACGAGAUCAGUAACAGUGUGCUGAUCGUGUUCGUGAGCUACUUCGGAAAUCGGGUUCACCGUCCUCGUGUCAUUGGAAUCGGUGGACUGAUGAUGUCUGUCAGUGCCAUGAUCCUGACCAUACCUCACUUUGUAUCCCAGCGCUACAGCUACGAUUCUGUUUUACACAACCGCCAUGAUAUUUGCAACCUGCAGGGGAACUCGAGCAACUUGGAGUCUUGUGGCCGUGACGAGAGCAGGCGUCUGGUCGACUCCAACAACCUAUGGCUGCUCAUGGCCAGCGCUCAGCUGCUCUUCGGUGUGGGCUCGGUGCCCAUCCAGCCCUUUGGGAUUUCCUACAUAGAUGAUUUUGCUAGACCUGGCAACUCCCCUCUUUACAUAGCUAUCCUGUUUGCAGUAUCUGUAUUUGGACCUGCCAUUGGCUACCUGCUGGGCUCAGUCUUUCUGCGAAUCUAUGUGGACGUGGACAAACUUGGUUUUGGAGCUGAACAAGAGCUCAGACAAGGUGAUCCCCGCUGGGUUGGAGCCUGGUGGAUGGGCCUGCUCGUUACUGCUGGCUUCCUGUUUCUCACCUCCAUCCCCUACUUCUUCUUCCCUCGAACAAUGCCUUCAGAGGAAAAUAUGAUUGGAGAUGAAACUGACAUGAGUGAUGACUUCAAGAAGCCAGAUGUCUCUUUACUUGAUUUCCUGAAGAUGUUUCCCAGGAUGUUUGUCCACCUCCUGCUGAGCCCGCUCUUUCUGAUGCUGGUCCUGGCCCAGUGCUGCUUCUCUUCAGUGAUAGCAGGUCUCUCCACGUUCCUGAACAAGUUUCUGGAGCGACAGUACAGUGCUUCACUCGCCUACAGCAGCAUGUUAGUAGGUGCUCUGAAUCUACCAGCAGUAGCAGUGGGGAUGCUGGUGGGCGGGAUCAUCAUGAAGAGGACAGGUCUCUCUCUGAAGACCAUCCCGCGCUUCUCAGUGGUCAUGCUGACCAUCUCCACCCUCCUCUGCAUCCCGCUCUUCUUCAUGGGCUGCCCCACCCAGAAAGUCUCAGAAAUCAAUUACUCCCAAAACGGACAGCAGGGCUUGUGUCACUCCAACUGCUCCUGUCCUGGCAGUGCCUUCAACCCUGUAUGUGGCUCGGAUGGUAUCGAGUACAUUUCUCCUUGUCAUGCAGGCUGCACCAAUUUCACCAAAGACUCCAACAACACCAAUAGGGUUCAGCUUUACACCAACUGCAGGUGUAUAUCUGGGGGCCAGGGUCAUGCCAAACCAGCUCCCUGUCCAAACAACUGCAAACAUUUACUUCUCCCCGUCAUACUUGUCAUCUCACUGGCAUCACUGGUCGCCUGCCUCACUCACAACCCCAUGUACAUGAUGGUGCUCAGAAGCGUUCCCUCUGAAGAGAAGUCGUUUGCUAUAGGGAUUCAGUUUUUACUCAUGAGAGUAUUGGCCUGGCUACCAGCACCUGCUCUCUUCGGGAUGGCCAUUGAUACGUCAUGUAUCUGGUGGAAGCGUGUGUGCGGAAAGAAGUUUAGCUGUGGUUACUAUGACAACAACAUCUUGAGGAACCGGUACUUGGGCUUACAGGUGGGCUAUAAGGUCAUGGGCGUCUUCCUGCUGGCGAUGCUGGGGUGGAAGGUGCAGCGGACCCAGGAGUACAGUCUGGAGAAGAGGUCCGAAAGUCUACUGUGACCCCGCUGAGACUCCCUGUUGAUCCAAGCCUCUGUUUCUGAAAGCUUUGCUGUGGUGUUAAACAUUUUGAAGAACUAUGUGCUGCACAAAGCUGUGUAAGUGUGAGAAAGCCACCAUGAAGAUGACGUGCCUACACUGACCUCAAUUUCUUCCCUACCUGGGGCCUCACUGGUUGGAGUUAGGAUAUACAUUUUCCAAAUGGGAAAAUUUCUGCUGCUUUUGGAUGCAUUUAAUGGCAUGAUUUAAAGAUUAUAAUUGGAAUUACUCUGACAAUAUGACCAACUCAUUACAAGUUAAGACAGGACAGCUAAAACACGUCUUGUGUGGUACCUCACAACAUUUACAUGCAUCUGAGACCAGUGACGAGAGUCUGACUGAUGAUCAAAUAACAGAUAUUGGAAAUAUCUUUGUUUAUUACUUGUUCCUGUAAGGUAGGAAUCUAUUCAGGUUUCUAUUUGCAAUGGGAACAUACUUUGUAACUAAUUAACUGUAUAGCUUAAUAUUUAAGUUUAUUUUUUAUAGAUGUUUGUCUCAUACGCAGAGACAUCUGUGAUAACUGCAAUACUCAUUUCAUAUAUAAUCAUGUAACACUUGAUUUAUUGCAAUGCUAAUACAUUUUUGAAUAUUUAGUACAUACAUGCACAUACAUACACUGUUACUCAUAAAUGGAAUUAAUCACACACAUUAUGUGGAGUGCAUACAUGUGUAAUGAAUUACUGGUUAAUAAAAAUAUACAGUACAAUUAAUCAAAUCUCUAA